GAGCAAUCACUCCUCAGUCCCUCUCAUGGAGACAAAGGUGACGGCAAUAGGUGCUGAGUUAGCGUGCUGGGAUCUCAUGGCGUGAGGCGCGCAGCUUGCCCUGUGCGAUGUAAGCGGCGACGGUGGCCUAGCCCACGCCCAUCGAUACGACGCCCGAGACCCACGGAUCCGCUAGAUGUGCGCAACGUGCUGGUCCUUCCGGCGGCCGCCGGCUGUAGGAGCCCUGGACCUGAGGGCUGGCAGCGCGCAGCGCAGCGACCUCGCGCAGGCGAGCGCAAAUCAGCGGCGGCGGCGGCGGCCGUCCUCAUGCGCGCUUCAUGGAACCUGUGCAAGCAAAUCAUCGUUGAGGAAUAUGGGCAGAGUUCAUGUUGGCCCCGUGCAGGUGCUGGAGUUUGGGCUCCGCAGGACUUCUAGCAGGAGCAGAGGUUCGGUCCACCCUUGUAGAGAUUUGAGCAGGUCUGUGUGGUCGGCCAACAUUUUUUAUGAGCAGAUCGGAGAUUCAUCGGCUAAAGAUGUGGCUCGUGUGGCUCCCGCUUGAAGUCUCAUUCCAACUUCUAGAUACGUCUAGCUUGCUUAAGCUUGCCAGCUUGCAUCAGCAUGCCAUAGUGCAAGGUUGAUGGGAUGUUUUAUGAAACUUUGUGUGUUAACAUGUUGGAUGGAAAUAUACGAUUAUUAUUUUUUAUAAUGUGUUGCUAGUUGUAUACGUUCUGUGUA